AGAACUUUUGUCCUUUUGGUUUAUUUGUGGCAUGGCCAAAAUAUUCUCUCAGCCUAACACUUCACACUCCAAAACACUUCUUCUUCCAGAAACCCCCAAAUUUUCUACUUUUUCCAUUACCAAACUGUAACAGAACCAAAAACAAGAAGAAUCGCACUGUAAAAUUUCGAUAUCAUUUGACGCAUUUGUUGUCGGAUUUUUAGACCGUAAAUAAUCCACAUGGUAAAAGGAGAAAAAUGUAUCCAAAAAAAAACCUAUAAAACCUCAUUCUUCAUCUCUUCCCCCAUUCCGACAUUAAUAAUCCAACGAAACUGAAAACCCGCUUUCCAAGGCAUUAAAUCGUUUCAUUCAUGGCCACUUUUCUAUCAAUAUGUAUCGUUUCCCUUGUCUUAUGCCCAUCUCUUUCCACCGCCCUCGCCGCACCUACUGCACCGCCGGGCAAUGGCGGCCUCAUUCGCGAAGCCUGCAAAGCUUCAAAAACCCCACCGUCGUGUGAAACCUCGCUGUCGCAGGCCACCGGCGGGCCGCCGAGCGGAACCCUAAUGGAUACGAUCAAAUUAGCUAUUUGGGUGUCCCAGACGAACGUCAAGACCACCCAAACCAUGGUGAAUGAUAUCCUCGCGGUUUCCAGAGGGAAUCUGAACAGGACUAAUGCGGCCAAAACGUGCGUGGAGGUUCUCAACUAUUCCGAUUACCGGAGUAAUAUGACGGUUGCUGCUUUGGCUACCGGAAAGAUUAAUAAGGACACGCGCGCCUGGAUGUCGGCGGCCAUGGUUUACCAGUACGAUUGCUGGUCCGCGUUGAAGUAUGUCAACGACAUUCCUAAGGUCAACGAAACCAUGUCUUUUUUGAACAACACCAUUUCGUCGACUAGUAAUGCUUUGGCAAUGAUGCUAAACUAUGACAACUACGGCGAGAAAACGCAAACUUGGGGCCCGCCUAAGACGGAGCGAGAUGGAUUCUGGGAGCGGGUUGACGGGUCGGGCGGAGGUUCGGCCGGGCUUGGUUUCAAGGGUGGCGUGCCGGCCGGGUUGAAACCGGACGUCACGGUGUGUAAUGGAGGAGGAGGAUGUAAGUAUGCCACGGUUCAGGAGGCGGUGAAUGCUUGCCCGAAGAACUUAGUGGCGGGACGGCGGUUCGUGAUUCUGAUCAAGGCUGGAGUUUACCAAGAAACCGUCCGGAUCCCCCUGGAGAAAAAGAAUAUGGUGUUUUUGGGUGACGGGAUCGGUAAGACGGUGAUUACAGGGUCCGGGAACGUCGGCCAGCCGGGCAUUACCACUUAUAUGUCUACUACAGUCGCUGUUAUGGGCGAUGGUUUCAUGGCAAGUGGUCUCACCAUUCAGAACACAGCAGGUUCUGAGGCUCAUCAAGCAGUGGCCUUCAGGUGCAACAGCGACCUUUCCGUCAUCGAAGACUGCGAAUUCCUCGGGAAUCAAGACACCUUAUACGCUCAUGCUCUACGCCAGUACUACAAAUCCUGUCGAAUUCAGGGAAACAUCGAUUUCGUAUUCGGAAACUCAGCUUCCUACUUCGAGACUUGCCUCCUCCUGAUUGCACCAAGGCAAACCGCUCCGGAAAAGGGGGAGACGAAUGCGGUGACAGCCCAUGGUAGAAUCGACCCGGCCCAGUUCAGCGGAUUCGUGUUUUUAAACUGUGUGAUAAAUGGAACCGAAGAGUACAUGAAAUUGUACAGAAGCAACCCAAGUGUCCACCUGAACUACUUGGGACGACCAUGGAAAGAAUAUUCCAGGACAGUAUAUAUCCAGAGCACUUUGGAGGCUCUCAUAUCACCUGAUGGAUGGUUGAUAUGGGACAAGGAUUUCGCCUUGAAGACCCUUUAUUAUGGGGAGUCCGGCAACCUUGGAUCCGGGGCGAAUACUACGAAACGGGUCCGCUGGAGUAGCCUGAUUCCUGCUCAAAAUUUGAAUAGAUAUUCAGUGCAGAACUUUAUUCAAGGUAAUCAGUGGAUACCUGCUAAAGCAUAAUUAUUAGGUUACCAAAUGUAUGCUCUGAUAAGGGCAUCAGUUUUCUUACUUUGCAAAGGCUUAAAGAGGGAGUUAAUUAGAAUGUUAGAUGAUACCAUUGUGCAUCCACACCUGGAUAGUUAUAAGACUUGGUCCAGAUGAGGUGAAAUGUUAGUCCAUUGUUGAAUUGGAUUGUAGCAUAAUUCUUAUUGCUGAAUAAGCUUAGUUAGUUAGGUCAUCACUUGUGAUCCGACUUUCCAACAGCUAAUGGCUUGGAAGUGCAUAAUCAGAAUCAGAAUCAUAAAUUUCAAUGGAGUAAGUGCGUAAUCAGAAUCAGAGAUAUCAACGGAGUUAUGGGCGUUUGGAUAUCUGGCAUCAAUAGUUACAGAUUUCGAAACUUUGUAGUCAAUUGUCGUGAUCUUUAUUUGAUAAGAAGCUUCCUUGAAACACAUGUAGUAGUUUACAAACACACAAGUUCAUAGGUUUAGGAUAAUAGGCG